AUGAAAUACAAAUAUGAAAACGUGGCUGACUACAUUUACCCCUGUUACAUCGACAAAUCCGGAGUUGUGCACCCGGGGGGGGGCGCUGGGGAGACGGCGCGCCCCGGCCGUGGAACUAGGAGAAGUGCCGUCGUGAGAGUGGUUGGUGA